AUGGACGCCCCAGAGCCUGAUACCCCUUUCUCGGCCGUCACGGCGCAGACGACAAAGUACGGAAGGAUGUUCCAAGCCUACCUCGAUAAAUCGACACCUUUCACCGCAUACCGAUGGAUUGGUACUGGCGUCUUAUUUGUGCUAUUCGCAAUCAGAAUAUUCGUUGCGGAGGGGUGGUACAUCGUCGCAUACUCGCUCGGUAUCUACCUCCUGAAUCUCUUCCUCGCCUUCAUAUCACCCAAGUUUGACCCCUCACUGGAGCAAGAUGAGGGCAUGGAAGAUGGCACCUCGGGCUUGCCUACAAAAGAAGAAGAUGAGUUCCGGCCAUUCGUGCGCCGCCUGCCAGAGUUCAAGUUCUGGUAUGCGUGCACCAAGGCAAUUACCAUAGGUUUCUUGUGCAGUUGGUUUGAGGUCUUCAACCUGCCAGUUUUCUGGCCGGUUCUGGUGGUCUACUGGCUGAUUCUAUUUGGCUUGACCAUGAGGCGACAAAUCCAGCACAUGAUCAAGUACCGCUACGUCCCCUUCACCGUUGGCAAGACCCGCUACCCUGGCGCCGCGAAAUAA